CCGUGGCUCCGUGCUUUCCGCUCACAGCCGGGAACCGACCUUUUUGUCCGGGCGCUCUGUCACCGUCCCGGCCUCUGGCUGGGGCUCGGCACAGCCUCGUUGCUAUUUCUCCCAUCUCCCACCCAUCUUGGUGUAUCUCAUCCCUCUCCCCCCCCUCUCUCUCCCCCCCACGAGACCAACAUCUCCAUUUCGCUAUGAGCCACAACGUCCCUUCGGAAUUCGCGGACUACGCCUAUGAUGGCACCCGCCUGAACCAGGCCUCCAUGGAGCUGGCCAAGCAGCACACCGACGCAUACGUCUCGUCGGCGCUGCUGGACGCCGAGGGUGCCGACGGUCUGGACGCCGGCCUCCGGCGCAUGGCCAACGUCCACCCCGAGUGGGUGCACAAGGACUGCUUCAACUGCGAGCAGAAGUGCACUGACGGUGCCCUUGAGGGGCCGUACGGUGAUUUCCUCGGCAAGCCGUACUGCAUCCCCUGCUACAAGGACCUCUUCUUCAAGGAGGGCUGCGCUGCUUGCAAGCAGCCUCUGUACGUGUCUCCCGGCUCGGAUGACUCUUCCCUCGGUGAUGCCAACGAGCUCCCCCAGUGGGUGAAGGUCGGCGACGAUCGCUUCCACCUGGCCUGCUAUGUGCCGCCCUCCUGUGCCGGUUGUGGGCAGGACCUCACCGGCGAGGGUGUCGAGGUGAAGCCCGGCCUCGGGGCGCGUGCCUCCGAUGCCGGCAAGGACGGCCUGGUCCGCUUCCACAUCAAGUGCUUCGUGUGCAAGGAGUGCAAUGCCUCGCUUGAUGUCGCCUACGGCAUGGUCCGCGACAAGCCCCAUUGCGUGGACUGCUUCAAGAUCCUCGCCCCUGGCACCGCCUCCAAGCUGCCGAUCGACGCCGAGACCCGUGAGGCGGUUGCUCGCUCCGAGCGCAAUCUCGAGUCCGCCAAGAUCCGUCGCGCGGAGAUCGACGCCAUGCGCCAGGCCGCCGCCGACGCCAUUGCCGCCGUCGAGGACGAGGACCCCACUCGCACCGCCGAGCAGAGCCCCACCGGGUCGAUCCCCGUGGCCCAGGAUCCGAGCCUGAGCCAGGCACAGAAGGAGCAGGUGGCUGCCCAGUCGGCGGCCAAGCACGCCCCCACCGGGGCCUAUGUUGACCUGAAGGACGCGUGCAACAUUUGCAAGGGCCCCUUCACCCAGUCCGGUGUCAUGCUCCCCGGUGACCCGCAUGGACGCAAGUUCCAUGCCGAGUGCCUGUCCUGCAGCUACUGCAGCAAGGGCUUCACCGACCACCGGAUCACCCGCUCGCUUGAUGACGAGGUGGCCGACCUGGACAUCACCCUGACGCUGUACCAUCCCGAGUGCAUUGAUGCCGAGCGCGAGGCCACCGCCGAACGCUGCGGCAAGUGCGAGAAGGCCAUCCUCCAGGGCCGCGUCCUGUCGUACCGGAACAUGCGCCUGCAUGCGGAGUGCUUCACCUGCUGCCUGAAGGCCUGUGGCCGGCAGCUGACCGGUGUGCCCUUCGUGGAGAUGCCCGCCGCGCCGGUGGGCCAGACCAACUCCACGGCGGUCAAUGCCCUGGAGGUGAAGCGGGACAAGGCGCGCCCGGUGUGGGCCGUCUGUGACACCUGCGCCAAGGCGGGCAAGCACCUGCGCAGCACCGGGAUCGAGCCUGGCUCUGGCACUCGCCCGCCGCCGGGCUGGGCUGGUAACGGUCGCCGGGCGCCGGCUUCGCCGGCCGGUGUGUUCGCCACCGCGGCCGCGGCCGCUCCUGGCGCCACCUCUCGCGGAGCCAGCCCCCCGGAGACGCCGACCACCCCGGCCCCGAGCAGCGCCACCACCGGUGCUUCGGCCGCCUCCCCCGCCGCCGAGGAUGACACCGGCAUCGACACUUCGUCCAACUUCCGUCCUGGUGCCAUUCGCCCGGAUUACGGCACCUCGGAUGACGCUGCCCCGAGCGCCCCGCUGGCCAAGCCCAAGGCCAGUGUGCAGAUUGUGACGGCGCGCCCGCUGCCGGACCUGUCGGAGGAGGAGCGCGCCGCUCGCAAGGAGGCCGGCGAUGCGGCGGCCGUGGUCGAGGAGGCCGAGCGUGCCGCGCGCGAGAAGCUCGAGGCCGUGGAGAUCGACAAUCGGUCGAACUUCCGCCCGUCCUUCGUCCGCCCGGACUACGGCGAGUCGGAGGAUGUCCCGGCCACCCCGAAGACCCCGGCCGGGCCUGAGUCCCCCCGGCCCAAUGCCACGGUUCCCUCCUUCAACAACUCCGCCAGCGCCGGGGUUGGUUUCCGCGGGUUCAACUCCCCCUCGCGGGUGGCCGUGUUCGGGUCCCUCGGCGGGGCCAACAACUGUGCCUCUCUCGAGUGUGGCAAGGCCGUGUACAUGAGCGAGCGUGCUCCCGGUCCCUCGGGCACGGUCUGGCACAAGCGGUGCCUGGUGUGCGGGUCGGGUGGUCCCCGUGGCCCGGUGCCGGUGCCGGCCGAGGGCGAGCCGGCUCCCGAGCCGGACACCGCUCCGCGCGGCUGCAACAAGCCCCUCGACAGCAACUGCAUCAUCCGCGAUGGUCGCCCCUGGUGCCGUACUUGCAUCCUGAAGCAGUAGUGGCCAGGGCUCGUGUUGCGUUCCAAGUGUCGAAGAGGGUGGCCGGCUGUUUUCCUUUUUCACACACGGAGAAGCCCGCACGGCCAGGCCAGGGGGCGGAGCGCUCUCCCGUGGAGGCUCUCUUCAUCAUCAGGCGCCUGGGCAAGCCCAGGUGUGUGUACGUGCGCGCGCGCGCACCGAAGCACGUCUCCUCGAGGUUCUUUCGGCGCUCCCCCCCGCCCCGCCCUUUGUGCUCUUUCCUCUCUCCCUCCGCCUACUUCCUCGCUUGUCCCCCUCCCUGCUCCCUUUUGCCGGGGGUGCAAGUGUGUCUGUUGGCCAUACUCUCCCCGGGGUGGGCAAAUGGACAUCACCUCGGUUGUGGGCGGGAGAGGAGAGGGUCAUGUCCCUCCCCGGCAUGGGCGCAUGUGAAUAUAUCCUUGCAAUAACGUGUGUCCCC